CCAGGGAGCAGCUCAGCACACACAAUGGCGCCCAUCCUCGUCGCAAUCUUACUCGCCCUUUCGGCAAGUUACUUCCUCUUCCCACGCCUCCGCCAAUGGACCAGAUACUACCUCCCUCUGGGUGCACCACCCCUGCCACCUCCCACCGAGAUCGUCUCUCUCCGGAUCUAUCCCGUCAAAUCCUGCCGCGGCAUCCAAGUCCAGCAGACGCAGCUCCUAGCUCAAGGUCUCGACCUCGACCGUCGCUGGAUGUUCGUCGACGCAACCACUCUCGAGUUCCUCACCAUCCGCCAAAUCCCCGAAAUGACCCUCAUCAACACCGCCCUCAGCCCCGACUCCUCCACCCUCAUCCUCUCCAUCGCCGGCCCUUCCACCACCACACCAAUUGAAAUCCCAACACGCCCCGACCAACCCUGGCUCGACGCGAACACCACCCUCGCAACAGGCGUCAAAAUCUGGGGCUCCCUCACAGACGGCUACCUCUACAGCGCAGCCCUCACCGCCCCGUUCUCCUCCUUCCUCGGCCGUUCCGUCCGUCUCGUCUACAAGGGCCCCACGCCACGCAUCGCCCAAGGGAACGGCGCCCCGCAUCUCCUCGGCCGCUCCCAGCCCGUGAACUUCCCCGACGUGCACCCCGUGCUCAUCGCGUCGGAGUCCUCCCUCGCCGACCUCAACGCCCGACUCGUCGAGCCUAUCCCCAUCGAGCGAUUCCGGCCUAAUAUCGUCGUCCGAGGUGGCGUUCCCUGGUCGGAGGACGUGUGGAAGCUGGUUCGCUUGGUUGGGCCGGGUGGUUCUACCGCUACACCCACCAGUAAGGGUAGUGGAGGCCUCGAAAUCGACAUCGUAGCCCGCUGCGCCCGCUGCCAGGUCCCCAACGUGGACGCAGACUCGGCGCAGAAACACCCCGCGCAGCCGUGGAACACACUCGUCAGCUAUCGUCGCGUCGACGAGGGUAUCAAGUGGAAGCCUUGCUUUGGGAUGUUGGGCGCUCCGCGCGAGGAGGGCGUCGUUAAGGUGGGGAUGCGGUUGGAGGUGUUGGCGCUGGGGGAGCAUAAGUAUAUUAAGGGGUUUUAAUCUUUCUUUCCGGUCUUUGUGUUUUGAUACGUCUUCGAGUUAUCUUUGCGGGUGCAUACUGACUGUGCUGGUGGGUGCUUUUGAGGGCGAACGCCCACUUCAUGGGACUGGACUUGCGAGCGAGUUGGUGUUUACAUUAGACUGCUGCACAUAUUAUCUACAUGCUGCAUAUUUCC